AUGGAGUUGAUCGGCAACGAUCCCAUCAUGCCGCCCGAUCCCGCCGACCCGCGCCGCCACUGGCAGCGCGGCCUGGCGAAGAACACCGAUCUGUCCUCCCCCAACGCCCAGGCCGAGCUGCGUCGGCUGCGGUCGCUGGCCUAUGCGGAUCAACGCUAUCAGUCCACCUACCAGUUCGUGUUCGAUGCCAUCCUGGGCGAGCGCUGGGUGGACAUCGGCGGCUUCAACGUCACCAAGGGCCACCUGGGCAAGGUGGAUUGCUGGGACGCGGUCGCGCAGGAGCCCGCGGAAGUCCAGUACGACCAUUUCAUGCGGCGCUACGACGACGCGGGCGGUGACGGCGGCGUGCGCGCGGCGCGGCUGUCCACCGAGCGCUUCAUGCAGUACUUCGUGAAUGCCGCGAUGGCGCCGGAGAUGCAGAUCCGCGUCUGGGACGGAGGCGGCUACAGCGCGGCCUACAGCGUCGACCACAACUACUACCUGCUCGGUCGGGCGGCGCAUCUGCUGCAGGACUCCUUCAGCACCGAGCACACCGUGCGCGAUCCCGCCACCAAUCUGGAGGUGCUGCGCCAGGUGAAGAGCUACCUGUGCGCCGAGGGCGCCGAGCAGCACACCCACGACAACAAGGAGCUGCUGACCUACGUCAGCGGCGACGUGAUCUGGAUACCUGGCACGCAGUUCGACGGCACCUGGAGCGGCUACCGGCCCAGCAACAUGAAGGUGCCCGCGCUGGUGGCGCUGGAGGCCAGCAAGGACCUGUGGGCCGCCUUCAUCCGCACCAUGGGCGAACCGCUGGCGACGCGGGAGGCCCGCGCCAAGCGCGAGGCGCUUCUGCUGGCGCAGAACUGGCUGAGCUUCGAUGCCAACACCGUCCGCACCUGGUACGACGACACCGGCCACCGCGAUGCCAGCUACGUGCUCAGUGCCGGUCAGACCGGCAAAGGUCGCACCCAGCAGGACUGCAUGCGAGGGUUGGGUCAGGGCUCCGGCAGCCAGAGCGAGCGGGUCGCCCAGCUCGAGGCGGAUCAGCGGCUGUGCCUGUUCAACCUGAAUGCCGAGGAUGGCUAUGGGGAUCUCUUCGACCCCUCCACCCACAUGCCCUUCUACUGGGCCUGGACCGGUUCGAACUGGAACCAGCCGCCCGCCAACUGGCGCAUCCCCACGCAAGCCGCGGCCAGCAGCAACCGGGUGCGGAUCCGCAGCGUCUCCAACCAGCAGUGGAUGACGGCCCCGGAAGGCGUGGUGGACAACGCCUGGAUCUACAACCGGCCUGGCGAUCCGAUCGACUUCAUGCAGGUGGGCGGCAACUCCUCCAGCCACUUCCGUUCGGCGGUGAAUCCCGAGCUGUUCCUGAGCUAUCGCGAGAUCACCGGCGCGGUGAAGCUGGAGUCAACGCCGGUGGACGCCGCCUUCGAGAUCACCAACGCCGCCAACAACAGCCGGGCCCUGCGCAACCUGCGUUGGAACAACUACCUGUGGCUCUACAAGGAGUCGCCCUACAUCACCAAGGAGGGCAACCCGGCCAACGCGAAUGCGCGCUGGAUGCUGGAGCCAGUGGCGCCGCCGCCGCUUCGAGCGGCUGGCGCUGGAGUCGCUCGCCGAGCAGGCCCGCAUCGAGGCGGCCGACACGAUGGACUUCGAGACCUUCCGCCGGCAGUACGUGUCGCCGGAGCGCAUGGCGGUCUGAACAAAAAAAGACCCGGCCCUGCUGGAUGCGCUGCCCGCGCCCCUGGAGCCGCUGGACGUCAGCAUGGCCGACGGCUACCUCUGCGGCGUGCUGUUGCAGCCCGAGCCGGUGCCGCUGUCGCAGUGGUUGCCGCCGCUGCUGGACAGCGAGGGCCGGCCGACGCCGGCGCGGGUGGACGACGAACUGCUCGCGCUGCUGCGCCGCCGGCACAAGGAGCUCAACGUCGCCAUUCGCCGGCCGGCAGUGACGGUGCUGCCCUGGGUCGCCGGCUUCGCGCAUGCGCUGGACGCCCAUCCGGCGCUGAUGCGCCUGCCCGAGGAGCCGAUGCUGGAGCCGCUGGCGGCCAUCUACCUGCACCUGGACCCGGACGACCUCGAAGACGCGGACGCGCUGCUGGAGGAGAUCGAGUCUCUCGAGCCGCCGGCCGACCUGGAGGAGGCCGUGGAGGGGCUUGCCAGCUUGUCCACGCCGAAACGGGCGGCCAGCGCACUGUUCACGAGCGCCAGCGCGGGGCCGUUGGUGAAGCGGCCGGCGUCGCGCCCCUGGGUCACCGCCCAUUCGGGCGUGUCGGUGAAGCCGUGGUCGGCCGUCAGCGCGAGCACGUAGUUGCCGGCGCCGACCGUCUUGUCCAGGAACUGGAAGAAGCGCCUGCAGGUGGCGGUCCAGUCGUGGCUGGACAGGCUCACCGACAGGAUGUCCGUCACGCCGCGCUGGCCGAGCUGCUCGUUCGUGACCGCCGCGCGGGCGAAGGCCAGCGUCAGCUCGUCACCGAAGGGCGAAGCCAGCAGGUUGCCGUAGUAGCGGGCACCGGGGGCGUCCAUCUUGUCGCCGAUCACGGCGGGCAGCUUGUUGCCGUUGCCGCUGGCGAUCUGCCAGGACUGGCCGUCCGGCACGGAGCGAGCGUAGGCAGACUCCGGCAGCAGCGGGGUCCAGGUCUUCUUGAAGAAGGCAUCGGCCGGCUUGGCGGCAUUGAACUGCGUCACCCAGGCCGGGUGGGCGGGCAUGUAGUAGGUGCUGGAGGCGAAGCGACCCGUCUCGGUCAUGUACAUGUAGGCCGUGCCCUUGUGGCCGGCGGGCAGGAUGGCGCCGCGGUCCUUGCCGGAGAUGCCGAUGACCUUGGACGCCGGCGAGCGGGUGCGCAGCACGUCGCCCAGCGUCUCGACCUUGAGGUUGCGCGGGCUGGUGCCGGACAGCGGUGCCGUCGGGUUGUCGAGGUAGGUGUAGGCCGCGUCGCCGGUGUUGUAGACCGGGUCGCCCGUGGCCGGGUCGCGCCAUUCGUUGCUGAUGAUGCCGCUGCGCUGUGGGUAGGCGCCGCUGAGCAUGACCGAGUGGCCGGCCGCUGUCACCGUGUGGCCGUGGCCGUAGUGGGCGUUGGAGAACCAGCGGCCGUGGUUCAGGAAGCGGGCGAAGCCGUCGGGGUGCGAGCUGGUUCACGGUAG